AUGGCUACUAACGGCAUUCAAUUUGACUGCAAUUCAGGUAAUGUUACAUUUUACUUUACCCCAGUCUGCAUACUUUUCUUUGAGUCUAAUUACAUAAACCCUUUCAUUCAUUGUUUUUUAUGGAGAUCCAAAGAAUCAGGAUAAACUAACACAGGGCUUAUUCAAUAAGUCGUGAACUAUUGAAUACAAACCCUUCUGUAACAAACUAUUUAAUUCCCCUACUUUAACCCUUUGUGUCACUAUACCCCACUCCCUCUAGCAUGUAAGCUCAUCGAGCAGGGUCCUCAACCCCCUCUGUUCCUGUACGUCAGUGGUCUGAUCUCAAUUAUGUGUCUGUUAGUCCACCCAUUGUACAGCGCUACGGAAUUUGUCGGCGCUAUAUAAAUAAUAAAAUAAUAAUAAUAAUAAUAGUGAAUUGAAAACUGAAUUGCAAACUUUAAACUAGAAGAAUUGAGCUGGGACUACAGCUGAGUUGGAGAUGCAUUAGUUCUGUAAUUCAGUGGAGUGGAAAUUGACUUACAAAAUUAAGGAAAAAUAGCGGAUUUGUAAAAAUUCUCCAACUCACGUGUUGUUACAGCGUUUCUAUUUUGACAUUUGUAUUUCAAUUCAUUAGAGUUUGGGGUUUAUUGGCUAGCUGAGAUGGAAACAUUUGAACUAUUUGGGUACAUUUUGCAAUUCAGAUUUUAGUUUAGUGCUAAAUAAGUAACACUCUCAGAUUUUGAUCUUUGCAUCCUGUGUAAAAAAUGUUGACAAAGACAUGAAAUCGGAAAAACAAAUCAAGAAUAAUAAUUUGUAUGGCAAGAAAGCUGGAAAGGUCUCUUCUAGAAAUACAUGUGUCACAGUUCAUUUAUUUGAGAUGGUUCGCGAGCGGAAAUUGCACAUUCGCUAUAGUAGUAACAUCUUGUCCAUUCACAAUGCGGGGUUUGCUCACUAAACUGAGUUGUAGUAAACUGAAAAUUGAAUUGCAAACGUUGAGCUAAAAUAGUCACAAAACCUCCAAAUUGUAGUGAAUUAAACCCAAGAUGGCACAAUUCAGACUGAGUGGGGCUGUAGUGGGGGGUGCUAUUGGACUGUAGUGACAGAUAAUGACUGUAGCAAGGGAAUAGGGGUUAUAGUGGGGGUAUGGCUUUAAAAGUGGGGUUAGGUGCUCUAGUAGGGUAUAAGGGCUGCAAGUGGUGGGAUAGAGGCUGUGGGAGGGAUGUGUAUUAGGGUAGUUAGGAGUAGUAGUAGGAGGGCAGGUGUUGUAGGGGGGACAUGAUAUGACUGUAGAUGGGGAACAGGAGCUGUAAAAGGGGGGCAGGGACUGCAGAAUAAUGAACGUGCUAUAGAGGUGGAAAGGGCUGUAGAGAGAGGGACAGGGGCUCUAGAGGGGGCACAGGGGCUAUAGAGGGAGGUACAGAGGCUGUAGAGGGGGACAGGGGCUGUACAGGUGGGACAGGAGCUGUAGAUUGCAUGGCAGGUGCUGUAGAGGUGGGGCAGGAACUGAAGAGAGAGGGCACGAGCUGUAGAGGGGGCAAAGGGGCUGUAGAGGGAAGGACAGAGGUUGUAGAGGGGGACAGGGGCUGUAGAGGUGGGAUAGGAGCUGUAGAUGGCAUGGCAGGGGCUGUAGAGGGAAGGACAGAGGUUGUAGAGGGGGACAGGGGCUGUAGAGGUGGGAUAGGAGCUGUAGAUGGCAUGGCAGGGGCUGUAGAGGGAAGGACAGAGGUUGUAGAGGGGGACAGGGGCUGUAGAGGUGGGAUAGGAGCUGUAGAUGGCAUGGCAGGGGCUGUAGAGGGAAGGACAGAGGUUGUAGAGGGGGAGAGGGGCUGUAGAGGUGGGAUAGGGGCUGUAGAUGGCAUGGCAGGGGCUGUAGAGGGAAGGACAGAGGUUGUAGAGGGGGACAGGGGCUGUAGAGGUGGGAUAGGAGCUGUAGAUGGCAUGGCAGGGGCUGUAGAGGGAAGGACAGAGGUUGUAGAGGGGGACAGGGGCUGUAGAGGUGGGAUAGGAGCUGUAGAUGGCAUGGCAGGGGCUGUAGAGGGAAGGACAGAGGUUGUAGAGGGGGACAGGGGCUGUAGAGGUGGGAUAGGAGCUGUAGAUGGCAUGGCAGGGGCUGUAGAGGGGGGGCAGGAGCUGAAGAGAGAGUACACAAGCUGUAGAGGGGGCACAGGGGCUGCUUUAAAAAACAAGCAAAAAAAAAAAAACCACUUUUUAAAUAAAAAAAUAAAAAACUAAUAAUUAUGAAUGGCACGUUUUAGACCUGUGGCUUUUUAGGGCCCACUUGGAGAUCUAACCCGAGUCAUCAUUCCCUGCGUUCCCUUUUUGCCUCUGCUCUCAUGGCGCCUGGGCGCGGUGUACAUUGUGCACCCACCCACGAUUAAUCCUGUCUACAUUCACAGCCACCGAUAAUGCAAUUAUUAAUUUAUUAUAUUAAAUCUAUAUUUUAAUGCAAAUUUUCUGCAAACCGUUGUUUUAUUUAUUAGUUUGUUUUCCAUGGUUUGCAAUAAUUUUUUUUAAUAGCUGUUUGGAAUGAAAAUAGACUUUUCACAUUAGUAAUUUGAGAAAUGAGAGGUGAGCCAUGGGUGCCUCGGGGCCUUAAAACAUUUCACACAGAACUGGAGACAGACCUGCCAUUGUUACCACAGGAUGUAGAGGUCAUGGUAGUUAAACUGCCCUUUACAGAGUUUAGUUUUUUCUUUUAUUUUCAAGGUUGUGGAAAUUCCCGUCUUUUUUUUUAGAUUCACAACAGAUGGGAUGCAGAAAGGGGAUAUUUUAUUUUCAUUCUGAAGGAGGUCAGGGGAUUGUGGACUCUUUAGCUACAGACUUUCUUUAUAAAGGGACAUCCCCUGGUAUUGUUGGGGGUUCACAGGUCCGGAAGUUGUGGGAAGUCUAAACCCAGAAAUGUUAUGGGAAAUGAAGACCUGAAGCUUGGCCAGCAUCUGGUCUUUUACAAUUAUUUAUGAGACUUUUCAUUGUCAGGUUGCUAUGGAAAACUACAGAAAAUUAUAAUGUUAGCCCUCCUGAAAGGGUAAAUGAUCUCUUUCAGGUCCGAAUGGCCCUAUGCCGAAUGGUGCACAAUCACCUGGUUGCAUAUGUGACCGUUUGGGCUGCACACUAUCUAGUAAAGUCUGGAUUUUGUACUGGUGGCUCCAAAUGAGCUAGAAUUUGGCUGAAAUAUGGCUGAAACCCGGGCAUAGAUGCUUAAAAUCUGGGUCUGUGUUUUGUCUGAAAAAAAUACAAUGUCAGCAAGCGAACAAAUAGUUAAAUAAACUCUCCGCAGCAUGAAGGUUAAGUGAUUUGGCAGCUGACCAAAAACUGCUAACCAGUCUUCACAGUAAAAAGUAAACAAGCAAAAUCCUAUUAUCUUUACAAGUGGUGCUCAGUCUAUGUGUGAAUCCUUUAGUUUCUGUAUAGUUUCUACAGCCUGCAUGCUGGUUUUAAAACUGACACCGAAUACAUCUGGCCAACUGGUGCCGAUUUGGUCAUGAUGACUGAAUUCUAACCAGAAUUUGCUUUAGUAAAUAUCGGAAUGUCCUGUCCGAUGGGAGAUCAUCCAUUUCCAAUGAAUUCAUCCAUUUUUCAGUAUUUAGCGAACAGGUCUGCCUACCUGAACAUGGGGUACAAUAAGGUUCUUCUUGUGGAGCCCCCUAGUUUCUAGAAUAAUCUAGGAUCCUUUAUUAAAUACAAUAUGUGUCUGUACAUGUUAUUACUUGUUUCACAAAAGAAAGCAUAUUCCAUAUUGUAAAGGAAGUCUAGAAGGGCUUGUGACUUAUUAACUGUGAGUGCAAUCAACAUUUGAAAUGUGGUUAAACCAAAAUUUUACUUUACUCCGUAUUCAUUACUCAAAUGAGGCAUCAGUUUUUUUGUUUGUUUUGUUAAGAGACUACUACACAUAGAGCCAAACUAGGAGGCUCUAGCAUUGUGAGUAUAAAUUUAUAUACGUACGGAUAUUAUGACACAACAAUGUGUUUGCAUAUUUUUUUCAGUUGAAGCAUUCCAGACUCCCACGCAUUUGGCACAGUGUGUAGAUUAUAUUAGGUUACACCUAGUUUCUACUUUUUAUUAUAUUAUUUAUCUUUCAAUCUUUUAUUCUAUGGUUUCAUCCCCAAGCUCACUUUUUCUUCAUUCACAACUUCCAGUGUUUUCUCGUUUGCUCUAAUAUUACUGAAGCUCAAGGGGUCAGACUAGACCAGAGUGAGCCUGGACAGGUGACUGAGUAGGGCUAGGCUGUUUAGAUCUUAGUCUGUGUGUAAGGGGAGGCGUCAGUGGGCAUAGGUAGUGGUAAGGUAGAAGGGGUCUGUGGUCAUUUUAGCUUUAGACAAUUUCUCGUUUACGCCAAUAAAACUGAUGCACAGCAGUUAUAACAUUCUGUGAGUUACAGCUUAGCUGAUUUUUCUAUAGUAAAUAGCUUACAACAGAACUUAUUUUAAUUCCCUCAGAAGCAUCUUAUAAAUAAGCUCAACAGUGCUUUACGUAGUUACGUGGGCUCAAUUCGACUGGAUUCACUUCCUGGUCUGUGAAAAGCUCACUGCAGAUGCUACAAGGCCUAUAAUAUUUGUUGUAUUUAACUUAUAUUUUUGCUUAAAUAUUUUUAAUGCAUUCAAAUAAAAUAAUGGUUGAACUACAGCCUGCAGUGUUUUUUAAAGUGUUGUGAAGCACAGAGAAUAGAGAAGAAUAUAGAAAAAUUAAAGAAAUUUAAGUAUAAAUCUUACAUGUCAGAGAUUUGGCAAACAGUUUUCACACAGAUCUAGGAAUUUGGAAUGUACUUACUUUAAACCUUUAUACAUGUAUUUGAAUCAGAAUCAUUCUCUCCAUUGUAUGGAUCCAGUGGAUCAAUUUAGAAUUUAAAGAACUUUUCUUACAAGGCAAAAUAUGUUUAAGUUCAAGCAUUUUUAAAAGUGAACCUGUCCUGACGGGUUCACUUUAAAGGGACACUAUAGUCACCAGAACAACUACAGCUUAAUGUAGUUGUUCUGGUUAGUAUAGUCAGUCCCUGCAGGCCACUAGAGGUUCAGUGUUUCCACACUCUGCAUGGAGACGCUGAACUUUCCCAUGGAGAUGGAUUUAUUCAAUGCAUCUUUAUCAGGAGGUGCUGAUUGCCCACGCCAGCAUUUGGCCCUGCCCCUGUCCCGCCUCCUUGACGAUCUCAGCCAAUCCAAUGAUUUUCCUAUGGGAUCAAUUCUGAUGUCAGUCAAGGAGGCGAAUCGGGGGCAGGGCCAGCACCAGUGCUGAAAAUAAGUUAAGUGUUAUUACCUUUUAAGCAACCUAAGUAAAGGAACAUAAAGGAACACUAUAGGGACAGGGACACAAAGUGUAUUCCUGACUAGACAUGUGCGAUUCGCAAUUCGGACAUUUGGAUGCUUCAGAAUGUCUGAAUUGCCGAAUUUCAGAAGUGCCGAAUUUCGCAAGUGCCAAAGUGCUUCAGAUUUUGAAAAGUUGCAAAACAGGAGAAGGAGGGAAAAUUAUGGGAAUGAUGACAGGAAUCUAACCCAACCCCUGACCCCUAACUCUAACCUUACCCCUAACAGUAUCCCUAACCCUACCUCUAAAGACUAUUUAAAAGAAGAAAAACUACCACAACAAGAGGACAUAGUCUUAAAUUAGAGGGGCAAAGGUUUAAAAAUAAUAUCAGGAAGUAUUACUUUACUGAGAGGGUAGUGGAUGCAUUGAAUGGCCUUCCAGCUAAAGUGGUAGAGGUUAACACAGUAAAGGAGUUUAACCCCUUAAGGACACAUGACAUGUGUGACAUGUCAUGAUUCCCUUUUAUUCCAGAAGUUUGGUCCUUAAGGGGUUAAGCAUGCAUGGGAUAGACAUAAGGCUAUCCUAACUAUGAGAUAAGGCCAGGGACUAAUGAAAGUAUUUAGAAAAUUGGGCAGACUAGAUGGGCCGAAAGGUUCUUAUGUGCCGUCACAUUCUAUGUUUCUAUGUAUUUAUGGGUACUCUAUGGGUUGUGGACAAUUGUAAUUAGUAAUAAUGGCAUACAUUACAUACAAUAUAUGUAUUAUGAAGGCUGGAAAGCUGAGAAAAGCUGACAGUUUUUGGCAUGGUGGCAAAUAUGGUUUAUAUACAUCAUAUAUCCAUACAACAUCUAUCAAAUAUGACCUUCUCCUGCAUUUAGUAUUAAAAGAACACUAUAGUGCCAGGAAAACAAACUUGUUUUCCUGGCACUAUGUAGUCCUUAGGUCCCUCCCACCCUCAUGGCCCCCCUCCCGCUGAACUGAAGGGGUUAAAACCCCUUCAGCCACUUACCUUUAUCUAGCGCCAGGCUCCCUUGGCACUGGUGACCUCUCCUCCCCCUCCGACGUUGGCUCCUGAGUGGAGCCGAAUGCGCAUGCGCGGCCAGAGCCGCGCGCACAUUAAAAUUGCCCAUAGGAAAGCAUUACUCAAUGUUUUCCUAUGGACAUCAGUGUCUUCUUACAGUGAGAAUCACAGUGACAAUCACAGAAGCGGCCUAUAAUGGCUGUCAGUGUGACAGCCACUAGAGGCUGAAUUAACCCAGCAGUGUAAACAUAGCAGUUUCUGUGAAACUGCUAUGUUUUCAGCUGCAGGGUUAAAACUAAAGGGACCUGGCACCCAGACCACUUCAUUGAGCUGAAGUGGUCUGGGUGCCUAUACUGGUCCUUUAAGAAGGUUCAGUGAGGUCACCGCACAACACCUCUGAUAGUUAGUGGUCCCUGCCUCCUUGCUGGCCUUCACUUGCCUGGAACCCUAGCAACUUGCAUUCAACUUGAUAUUCAAAAAAUGUACAAUCCACAAUAUAGUUUUUGCAAUUUGACUAUACUAAGCUCUAUCUUGGUUGUACCUUUUUCGUUUUUAAAAAAAAAAAUGUUUUAUUGAGAUUAUACAAAGUAAUAAAAAAAUACAAGUUUUGUAGUUGUUUGUUACAUUGUCUGUUUCUUUUUCAUAGAAGUGUAUUACCUCCUGCCUGGUGUAAAAAAUGGGAUUCUUUGCUUUGUCAGUACGUAUCAAUACUUAUAAGGUCUCUGAUUUUACAAUGCACUAAAGAAUUGUAUCAGAUUAUGGCCUCAAUUUAAUAUUUAUUGAUAGGAUUUUGCAAUGGUUUAAUAUUUGGAUUCUGAAUUGAAUAAAACAAAUUAUUCAGUUGACAAACACAUAUUUGAAACAUUUACCUUUUCCUCUCUUUUUUAAAAUAAAACCCACAACCAGUUUGAAUAGUGCAAACAUAAAUUUUUACUGCAAAAAAAUAUUCUUGUAAAUAACUGUAAAAAAUGUCAAAUUUCCCCAGAGACCACUUUUUAAUAUAAUUUCAGAAAAGAGUGCAACCCAUACCAACUAUACAAAAAAAUCUGGACUGGAUUUAUAGCAUGAGUACCCGUAGACAGAGUUUUCUAGUGCCAAACCUCUCCGAACUCAAGAAUAAAAAAAACAAACCUGACCCAUACAGACAGACACACUGACCCAUACAGACUGACACACUGACCCAUACAGACUGACACACUGACCCAUGCAGACAGACACACUGACCCAUGCAGACAGACACACUGACUGAUACAGACAGACACACUGACCCAUAUAGACUGACACACUGACCCAUACAGACAGACACACUGACCCAUACAGGCAGACACACUGACCCAUACAGACAGUGACACUGACCCAUACAGACAGUGACACUGACCCAUACAGACUUUUUAGGAAGAGCAGGCACCUGUUUACCUUGAUGGCAAGCGCCUGCUCUAGCGAGAAAUACUGGAGGAGAGGGGGACAGGAGGCAGGCCGCGACAAUGUGGGUUGCGAGGGAGGCUGUUCUCGCAGCUUUCCACUACUCCCUCACGCGCCCUCUUUCAUGCCGGGAGUCGGAAUAUGACAUUAUUCCGGCCCCGGCAUACUAAACAGCACACUGGAGGAGUGAGAAGCGGCACCACACUGGACCCCAAUUAAAUUAAAUUGUGUGAGUCUGUGUGUAAGUGAGUGUGUGUUUGACUGUCAGUGAGUGAGUGUAUGUCUGUGUGUGUGUGUCAGUGAGUGAGUGUAUGUCUGUCAGUGAGUGUGUAUCUGUCUGUCAGUGAGUGUGUGUCUUUGUGUGUCUGUCAGUAAGUGUAUGUCUGUGAGUGUUUGUGUCUGUCAGUGACUGAGUAUGUGUCUGAAAGUGAGUGUGUGUUUGUCAGUGAGUAUGUCUGUCAGUGAGUUUCUGUCAGUGAGUGUGUCUGUCAGUGUGUGUGCUCGUCUGUGCUAGUCUUAUAAAUUAAAUUCACCAAAUGCAUUGAAUACAUAAUUUAUCACAGAGAUACAUUAUGUAUUCAAUGUACAAUAUAUGUAUUAGGUAGUAUGUGUGUAUGGAUGCAUGCUUUAGGCAGUAUGUGUGUAUGGAUGUAGGUAUUAGGCAGUAUGUGUGUAUGGAUGUGCGCAAUGCGCAUUAAGCAGUAUGUGUAUAUGGAUUACGCAAUAAGCAGUAUGUGUGUAUGGAUUUACGCAUUAAGCAGUAUGUGUGUAUGGAUGCACGCAGGGCCGCCACCAGAAAUUUUGGGGCCACUAACUCAGCUCAGGGUCUGGUCCCCUUGGGGCCUGCCUCCAAAUACCGCCCACAGGGUCCGCCUUCAAAUACCGCCCACAGGAAUACACACAGACACAAACACACACACUGAUACAAAAGGACACAGAUACAUACUAACAGACACACAUACUGAAACAGACAUAGACGCAUACAGGCAUACAUACUGACACACACAUACUGAGACAUACACACAUAUAGAGACACACAGGCAUACAUAGUGACAGACAGACACAUACUAACAUACAUACAGACACACAUACAUGACGACAUAAAGACAUAUACAUACAUACACACUGACAUACAUACAGACACCAACAUACAUACACACAUACAUACACACAUACAGACACUGACAUCCAUACACACAUACAUUAAUAAUGGCAUACAGACAUUCACAGACAUACAUUCAUAAUGGCAUGCAUACAUACAUACAUACAGACUGACAAACAUGCAUAUAUACAGACAUACUGACAGACAGACAUACAUACUGACAUACAUGCAUACAGACAUCCACACACACAUACACACAGACAUACGUUCAUAAUGAUAUGAUAGCGCUGACCGGGCCCAUGAAGAUAUAGUGCCCAUCGGGUGGCCCUAAGUGCAUGGGCCACCCAAUGGGCCUCAUCAGCGUUAUGGUUGUCACCCCCUGAUGGCGGCCCUGGAUGCAUGUAUUACGCAGCAUGUGUGUAUGAAUGUAGGUAUUAGGCAGUAUGUGUGUAUGAAUGUCGGUAUUAAGCAGUAUGUAUGUAAGGAUGCAUGUAUUAGGCAGUAUGUGUGUAUGGAUGUAGGUAUUAAGCAGUAUGUGUGUAAGGAUGCAUGUUUUAGGCAGUAUGUGUGUAUGGAUGUAGGUAUUAAGCAGUAUGUGUGUAAGGAUGCAUGUAUUAGGCAGUAUGUGUGUAUGAAUGGAUGUAUUCGGCAGUGUGUGUUUAUGGAUGUACACAUUAAGCAGUGUGUGUUUAUGGAUGUACACAUUAAGCAGUGUGUGUUUAUGGAUGUACACAUUAAGCAGUGUGUGUUUAUGGAUGUACACAUUAAGCAGUGUGUGUUUAUGGAUGUACACAUUAAGCAGUGUGUGUUUAUGGAUGUACACAUUAAGCAGUGUGUGUUAAUGGAUGGAUGUAUUAGGCAGUGUGUGUGGAUGUAGGUAUUAAGCAGUAUGUGUGUAUGGAUGUACGCAUUAGGCAGUAUGUGUAUAUUUUGCAACUAUUAACUAAAAUAAUAUUCAUGACUAAAUGUCAUACGUGUUCUGAUUUUAGGAUGUUUGAUGGCUCUCAUUAACGUUUGUUUUUAUCGGUUGUGAUUACAGAAUCUGAAUUACAGUGUGAUUCUUGGGCAAAGUCGAAAAACACUGUGCAAGCCGUUAUCUUAAACUAUUUCAAAGAGGCUCUUGAAGCUCACCCUGAAGAUUUCAGUGGAGAUGUAGCCACAUUUAAGAAAGAGUAUGACAAAGGUAAAUAAAACAAGAAUUGUCUAUUUGCCUGUUAAAGUUAUAGUUCCAGGCUGGCGUAAAAGGAAUACUCCAAGCACCAGAAUCGCAAUAGCUCAACUAUAUUGGUGUCAUGAAGAACCAAUUCAGUAGAGCAUGUUGAAAUCCUCCAAGGCAGCCGCUAGUAACUGAAUGUUAUCUGAUUUUCUCUGCCCCCCACCUAGGUAGCAUGGUAUGGUCCACUCACAGGCCAAUGAAUAGGCCAGUCGAUGAGUUGCAUGUAGGCAGAUGUGAUGUCUGCCAUCACAUGUUUGGAUUCACAAUGUUGUCUAACUAAAAGUAAAAAAAAACUGAUGGAACUCUGGGUCAAGGCUCUGCAACAUAUAAAGUGACUCAAUCAAUGGAAGAUACCCCUGCCAAUGACAUUACUUUUUUCUUGUAAAUGAAUCCCAGUAUUGUAACAAGAUAUUCGGAAUAUCAUUCACAUGAAUAGCUAAGGAACGAAUUCUCCCUACCUUGCCUCUCUCUUUCUUAACCACACGCAGAUCAUGCCUUUCCAAUCCUUCAGACUUUCUCCCCAGCUACUGAACAAGAAGUGGAUGCGCUUCUCCUUUCCUCUUGCCCCACCACUUGCCCACUUGAUCCAGUCCCAUCACCUUAUCAGGUCUCUCUCCCCUUGUCUUGUGCCUUCCUAACACACAUCUUCAACUGCUCUCUCUCUUCUGGCGUUGUCCCUACUGACCUUAAACAUGCCACUGUUGUACCCAUCCUGAAAAAAAACAGCUCUUGAGCCGUCCUCCCCCUCCUUCAAUCGUCCCAUCUCCCUGCUGUCUUUUUCCUCAAAGCUUCUGGAAACACUUGUCUUUACCUGUAUGUCUCAUUUCCCCAAUUCCAACUCUCUCCUUGACCCUCUUCAAAUUGGCUUCCACACCCUCCACUCUACUGAGACUGCUCUGAAAAAAACCCAGCUCUUGAGCCGUCCUCCCCCUCCUUCUAUCGUACCAUCUCCCUGCUCCCUUUUUCCUCAAAGCUUCUGGAAAGACUUGUCAUUACCCAUAUGUCUCAUUUCCUCAAUUCUAACUCUCUCCUUGACCCUCUUCAAUUUGGCUUCAGCGCCCUCCACUCUACUGAGACUGCUCUUAUGAAAGUUAUUAACAACCUAAUCGCAGCUAAAUCUAAAGGCCCCUAUUCAAUUCUAAUUCUUCUUGACCUCUCUGCUGCUGUCUUGCAAUGUGUCACUGCUUGCCUUUCUUUAUUUUAUCUACUGAUCCUCCUCUUUCGCUCUCCCUUCAAGUUAGUGGUAUCCACAUUAGUCUAUCCUUGCAAGUGCGCUGUCUUGGCGUUAUACUUGAUUCUGGCUUCACCUGUGAGCCUCAUAUCCAGUAUGUUACCAAAUCCAGUAGAUUUGGCACCCAUCCCUGUCUUAUGCAAGAUGCUACUGAGGAGAUUGUCCAUGCUCUAGCAUGGAUUGACCAUUUCUUGCAUGGAUUGUAACCCUCUCCUAAUUGGUCUUCUCAAAAGCUGUAUUGCCCCGCUACAGUCUGUAAUGAAUGCUGCCGCCAGACUGAUUUUCCUCUCCAGUCAGUCCUCUCACACCGCAACCCUCUGUCAGUCCUUACAUUGGCUUCAUAUAUCCUACAGGAGUCAAUUGAAAGUACUAAUCCAUACAUAUAAAGCAUUGAACAAUUCUGGCACCUCUUAUAUCUCCUCACAGAUCUAUAGGUAUGCCCCUUCUCUGUCUCUCCGCUCUGCCCAUGACCUUGCCCCGUUUGGCCAACUCAUGGACUUCUCGCGGUCGGCUCUCUUCCUAUGGAAUAGCCUGUCUACCACCAUCAGACUCUCCUCUAGUCUUCAAUUGUUUAAGAACUGCCUUAAAACCCAUCUAUUUAUGAAAGCUUAUGGUCCCCUCGGAGUAACCCCAACCUCACAUACCUGUCUCUGGAUUUCUCCUAAAUGGCAGCACUCUACGCUCUCCUCAAGCUCUGCUUCUCUCCCACCAUAUAUGAAUGCUAGCUCCUGUCCUAUUGUAUUUCAUACCCCACCUCCUAUAGCAGGGGUAGGCAACCUACGGCACUAGUGCCAUGCACGGCACUCGAUGUGUCUUUGCACGGCACUCAAGGCUGCUAGAGCCAAACGCACUCUGGCCUAUCAGGAGUCCCAGUAAGGCUUCAGAUAUCUGCUAAUACGAAGAGGUGGUGAAGGAAAAACCUCAAUUUAUGCAUUGCAGCACAUAGAGGAAGUGAUCUCAGAUCACUUCCUCCCAGCACUUGUGAAUGGGAAUGGGAAUCCACACAGUAGUAGAGCAGCCCUCGACAGCUAUCGCAGCUCCUGUCCUUGACCUGUGCCUGGCCAGCCUGGUCCCCACUGGAACCCAGGGAACCCACCCACACUGCUAGAUAUACACAGAAAUGUAGAAUAACCCUCCCCUCAUACAAAUAAUAUGAACAGCCCACACACACACAACACACAACACACAAUCCCCACAAACACAACUCCACUAACAAUAUACAUACAUGCACACAACUCCACAUGCGGCCUCUCACAUGCAAUACCCCAAACAGCCCCCACACACUACCAAACACAUAAUGUGACAUAUCCAUCCACACACAAUUCCACAAGCAGCCCUCAUACACAGCCCACAUUCAUAUAUAUCAUACACGAUACCAUAAACUGCUAAUGAACAUAUACAAUAUAAUAGCUCAUAUACGCACAAAUACAACGUAAUCUCAUAUACAAAGCAAUUACAGUAAAAAUAACACAAGCAGAAUACGGCAGCAUACACACCUCAAUUUAAAAAAAUAGGAUCGGCACGCUACGGGACAUCACAAUCCCAUAUCGGCACAGUGCUGCUAAAAGGUUCCCUACCCCUGUCCUAUAGACUGUAAGCUUGUUUGAGCAGGGCCCUCUUCAACCUAUCGUUCCUGUAAGUGUUUUGUAAUUGUCCUAUUUAUAGUUAAAUCGCUCCCUUCUUUUAAUAUUGUAAAGCGCUACGGAAUCUGUUGGUGCUAUAUAAAUGCCAAUAAUAAUAACAAUUAGAUCUGUUUUUUUAAUAUUUAUUAUCCUAUGGUACAUACUGAGACAUGUACAUUUCUAUUAUAUGUUUCAAGAUGUUUAAUUAAUCCUGUGAAUUUUUUUUAAACAUUUAUUUACUAAAGAAUUUAUUCCAUUUUAAUGUUGUUAAAUAUAGAUUUUGCACAUUUUUUUUUAAUAGGUGAUACAUUGAGAGAUUCCAAUUGUUAGCUUGUCUUUUUCCCUUUACACUGAAACGAGACAGGUGUAAGUUUUAAUAAAAAGGUGACAAGCAUGUAAAGGAGCCCAUAAUUAUUAUAUUAUAUUAUUUUUCUCUGUUAUUGUAUUUUUAAUCUAUUGGUAUGUAAUCUCAUAUAGUCAUAUUUUACUACAAUUUAAGAUUAGUGACACUUGUUGAUGUUGUACAUUAACUGUAUUUCCUAGAUUGCAAAUAAAUAGCUAAAAAAAAAAGCUUGUUUCCCUGCAGAUCGAGCGUGUUUUAAACUGCUAAUUUACAGAGAUACAUUGUGUAAAGGAUUUUCAGUGGCAUUUACCAUCACAAUUCUAAACAAGACGUACUACUUAUCCUGCAUAAACACGAAAGAGCUUCGCUUCAAGGUAAUACAAUUCUACACUAGCACAACUAUCAAUUUAACCAGUUCAAAUCUUAGCAAGGAAAGGAAAGGGAUUUAGGGGUGAUUAUUUCAGAUGACUUAAAGGUAGGCAGACAAUGUAAUAGAGCAACAGGAAAUGCUAGCAGAAUUCUUGGUUGUAUAGGUAGAGGUAUUAGCAGUAGAAAGAGGGAAGUGCUCAUGCCAUUAUACAGAACACUGGUGUGACCUCACUUGGAGUAUUGCACACAGUACUGGAGACCGUAUCUUCAGAAUUACAUUGAUAGGGCUACUAAACUGGUUCAUGUAUUGCAGAAACUUACCAGGAAAGGUUAAAGGAACUUAACAUGUAUAGCUUGGAGGAAAGACAAGACGGGGGGGAUAUGAUAGAAAUAUUUAAAUACCUAAAGGGAAUCAACACAGUAAAGGAGGAGACUAUAUUUAAAAGAAGAAAACAACAAGAGGACAUAGUCUUAAAUUAGAGGGACAAAGGUUUAAAAAUAAUAUCAGGAAGUAUUACUUUACCGAGAGGAUAGUGGAUGCAUGGAAUAGCCUUCCAGCUGAAGUGGUAGAUGUUAACACAGUAAAGGAUUUUAAGCAUGCGUGGGAUAGGCAUAAGGCUCUCCUUACUAUAAGAUAAGGCCAGGGACUAAUGAAAGUAUUUAGAAAAUUGGGCAGACUAGAUGGGCCGAAUGGUUCUUAUCUCCCUUCACAUUCUAUCUUUCUAUGUUUCUAAGAAAGCAGAAGAUGGUACCUUGUACUUAAUUUCAAUGGAAACCUUCCCUCAUUCUCUCUAUACGUUGUGUGCUAAUAUAUAGAUACCGCAACUAAAGGCUUUCAAAAUUACAUUGUUCCCAUGUCAGUCAUACUAACAGCAUCGUCUUUGUGCCAAUGUUUGUUGGCAAGAGAACAUCCCUACAGGCUAUUAUCUUGCCUGGCAUCAAUGUUUAUAAGACACAUGCAAUACAAGCACAUAUUUUUUUUCCCCAUGAAUAAGCUGGAAACAUGUAAGGGAGAUCGGCAGGACACAUGACGUGCUAUUUGGGCUGAUGUGCUGGCAAAGAAAUCAGCACAUCACCAUCAUCAGACGGGCUGUACCAGACAUUUGUAAAGAGUUUUAAUGUUUCCCAAAGAGGGGCUGAUGAAUGAGAGAAGGUUUCUGCCCACGAACAGGGACUAAUAUUCGUGGCUCAGGAGAUGAAUAUAGUGAAUAGAUGAUAUUGACACAUAGCAGGAAUGUGAAAAAAACAACAACUUUAUUUGGAUACUAGACAUGCAAAUAAACAGGCAAAAGCAAAAAAAAUAAAAAUAAACGACAGGAUCAAUGUAAUGAUAGUUUCCAUAAAACUACUAGUGAUUAGGUAUCCCUGCAUUACAGACUUUAUUCCCCACUUCACUCGUGCGUACUGAGAUCUGGAUAGGGUAUUGUGAUGUGAAGAUAAAAGGAAACACAAAUCUAUAUAUAAAGACAGACAGACACAGAUAGAUAGAGAGAAAGAUAUAAAGACAGGAGGAGGGACAGACGGACAUGUGGACAGACGAGUGACUGGAUAGACAGACAGACGGAAGGACAGGCAGACGGGUGGAUGAACAGAGGAAUGGGUGGACAAACACACAGGUAGAUGGAGCAAGUAUGAAAGGUAGAUGGACAGACAGACAGAUGGAUAGACAGACAGAUUACACCUAAACAAUGAGCUGCUAUAUAAUUUAGAGACAUCUACAUACUAAUAAACACAUAUUGCUUCUUUUAUCUUUCUUCAAUUUCAGGAAGGAGACCCACCCCAAAAAAUUGAUGGGAGCACAAGUGAUGUCAUCUUCUACCAGAAAAACGCUUCUAAAGGAGAUCCAAGUAGCUUUGUGUUUGAGUCUGCAUUAGGCCAAGGAUACUUCCUUGCUUUCAAGAACGAAGAUGGUAAACACAAGCUGACACUGAAAAGACCUGAAGAUCAAGUAGAUGAAAGAACACAUUUUCGGACUGUGUCUAAAAAGAGUUGA